AUGCUCGGCUGGUAUCGGGCAAGACUCGCGGCUCGUCCGCUGCUCACCCAGAGCAUCACCACCGGUGUCCUCUUCGCGACCGGUGACAUCACCGCCCAGCAGCUUGUCGACAAGCGCGGCCUUGAGAAGCAUGACUUUUCCCGCACUGCCCGAAUGGCCCUUUACGGUGGUGCCAUCUUCGGCCCCAUUGCCACGAACUGGUUCAAGUUCCUCCAGAACAACGUCGUUCUCAAGAACAAGAACGCCGAGAUCCUCGCCCGUGUCGUCGUCGACCAGGGCGUUUUCGCUCCCGUCAUGAUUGGCGUCUUUCUGUCAUCCAUGGCCACUCUCGAGGGUGGCUCGGUCCAGGAGAAGCUCGACAAGAACUACAAGACGGCGCUUACCUCCAACUACAUGCUCUGGCCUUUCGUGCAGAUGGUCAACUUCAAGCUCAUCCCUCUUCAACACCGCCUCCUCUUUGUCAACGUCAUUAGCAUCGGCUGGAACUCCUAUCUCAGCUUCUUGAACAGCAAAUAA